AUGAGAAUAUUAAAGAGAGGUGUCUUUCUAUUCAAUACUUAUAACAGAAACACUCCAACAACUACUCCUCUCUUAAGAUUCAAUAUCAACAACAACAACAACAACUCAUACAACUCUUACAACUCUUACAACUCAAUCAAUCAACAUAUAAGAUCAUUCUCCUUCACUCAACAACAUAACCAACAGCAACAACAACAACCUAGUUUGAAGGACUUGCUCAAUGUCAAACCACGAGACUCUUUAAUAACAUUGAUCAAUACAUUGGAGAUACCAGAUAUCAAUGAGGAGAGAGAACGAUUGAUCGAAACACACUCGCAGGAGAAGAGACAGAUUGAACAGAUGCACCAGGAGAUGAUACCCAGCGUCAAGAGUCCUCGCGAGAUUGAGUAUGAAGUGGCCGAUCUCAGACUGACCGACCCCACCGGUGAGCUACAGCAACCGGUGAAGGACAGUGGCCCCAUGGAGAUCUUAGAGCCAGACACAAAGGCAGGCGAGAUCGAGUCGGGCUCGGGCACCAAGUUCAAGGGCGGCCUCUCCGACAGUGGACUGCCACACGGCGCAGGCGAGUACGAGACGGCGCGAGGAGACAUAUACCUGGGCGAGUUUCAAAAUGGCAAGAAGGAGGGCGCCGGCAGAUACAUGUGGAGGACCGGCAACUAUUACGACGGCUUCUGGAAGGCCGACAAGCGAUGCGGACUGGGCAAGUAUCAGGACGCGUCCGGUGCCUGGUUCGAGGGCAUCUGGGACAACGACCUGCAGCACGGCCCUGGCGUGAUGAUCUUUGGCAAGACAGACAUCCGUGGCGAGUGGGAGCAUGGCGAGCUGGUGCGCGGCCACGAGGUGCACCAGGACACAGGCAUCGAGUACUUUGGUCAGUUCAAGAAUGGCAAAUGGAAUGGCGUCGGCAAGCUGUCCUACAAGGACGGCACCAUCUUUGAGGGCCUCUUCAAGGCGGGUGUGCGACACGGCCAAGGCCGACUCAUCUCGCGCGAUCAGAUGUUUGAGUCACAGUGGAUCAAUGGCGCGCCAAGCGGCAAGGCCAAGCUCACCUCACAGGACUUCACGUGCGAGGGCGAGAUCAACAAUGGCGAGAUCAACAAUGGCACACUCAAGAUUGCAGGCCGUGGCGUGUACGUCGGCGGAAUCAGGAACUUUGCGCCGCACGGCUACGGCGAGGAGUGUCUGCAGGACGGAUGCUACUAUCAGGGCCAGUUUGUCGAUGGCAAGCGUCAUGGAAUGGGCACACACAAGUGGAGCGACGGCACCGUGUACCGCGGCACAUGGGUCGACGACUACCGCGUUGGCUGGGGCCAAAUGAUCUUCCCCAACGGCAAGGGUUGGGAGGGCGAGUUCAACGAGCAUUUGGCCACCACGACGACAGAGGACGGCCAUGCCAGCUCGAUUGGAUUAGUCGACAAUGGACAAAUCAAGCAGAUCGACUUGAACAACAUCGAUGACAAUUCACAACCAUAG